AUGGAUGUUUCAGUUAAAGAAAUGUCUGGAGUAACCGGAGAUGAUUGGACAUCUCAAUUGACUGAACAAAUGAAAGCUAAGAUUUCCGAGGCAGUCGGAAAAGCUCUAGAAAAUAGUCUAUCACAUUAUAUUGAUAGAUUACAAACCACAAUCGUGCCGGUGGUGGACGAUAUGAUGGCUGAAUUGAAAGACAGCAUAUUACAAGAAAUAGAAGAAAGGAGGGUGUUGGAUAUGAAUCCAAGUUCCGUAAAGAAAUCCAAGUCUAAUAAAGCUCCCAAGAAAGGAGUUACAAAAAGUGUGUUAUAUCAGUGCAAAUUUUGUGGAAAAAUUCACAAGGGCACAUGUGGUAAGCCAAGACAUAAGAAGCCUAAACGUCCAGAGAGGCUUGGAACCAAAGACGUAACCGACACAAUGUCUGAUGCCCAGAAGUCAAGGACAAGGUCAUUUUAUAUAACAGCCACAGAGGCUAAAGCUGAACCUGAUGUCAUUUCAGGUAGUAUGCAAAGGGAAAUUUCAAGUUUUUUCCAAAGACAACCAUCAAAUGUUGAAUCAUCAUCUUCAAGUAGUAAACCAUUGAAAAUAGAUAUGGAUAAUCUUCCAUGGGAUCCUUCCGAGAGGAAACCGAUUUCAUCUUAUCACCCAAGUCAAAAAGAUGAAAUUAGACGGGCAUAUUUGCUUAGAGGUCCAUGUCAACCGCAAGGGAAAAAAGAUGAUUUUCCACAAACCCAAGUCGGUAAUGGUGAUAGGUUAAGGCGUUUUAAUCCGAAAUGUGGUCAAAAUGAUGCAUUUGUGAGUGAAGGGGUACGAUGUUGGCACAAGAAAGAAGAAAAAUUAAACGAACAUGUUGGUAAAGGCAAUAAUACUUUUCACGAAAGAGCCGUUGAAAAAGGGGAAGACUUACUUAAAGAAGCUCAAUCUGUACUUGUGUGUAAUAAAAAAAAAUCUGAGAAAGAAAGAAAAGAAUAUAGAACGCGAUUAAGUGCUUCGGUUAUGAUUGCUCAAGGAUUGUUGAAUGGUGGGUUACCUUUUCGGGGUCAUGAUGAGCCUGAAGAAUCCUUAUAUAGAGGACAUUUCAUAGAGUUUUUGAAAUUGUUCGGACAAAUAAAUGAAGAAAUUAGUAAGGUCAUUUUAAGUAAUGCUUCCCGUAAAAACCAAAUGACAGCCCCAUCAAUACAAAAAGAUAUUUGUAAUUGUUUUGCAGAAGAAGUGUUAAAGAAGAUAUUUGAAGAACUUGGUGAUGAUGUAUUUUCUAUAUUAGUUGAUGAAUCGAGAGAUAUUUCUAAAAAGGAACAAAUGGCUGUGGUUUUGAGGUAUGUUGAUAAAUUAGGAUUUGUGAAGGAGCGUUUCAUCGGUCUUGUUCAUGUUAAGGAAACAACCGCUUUAUCUCUUAAACAUGCAAUUGAUGAAUUGUUUGCUCGCUACAAUUUGAGUUUGGGUAGGGUUAGAGGCCAAGGAUAUGACGGCGCAAGCAACAUGUCCGGUGAAUUUAACGAUUUGACCAAUGUUGUUGGUGCAUCUUGCAAACGAAUAGAUUUACUAAGAGAAAGUCAAAGAGAGAGGUUGCAAGAGCCGGGGAAUCAAGAAAUGUCAAUUGCAAGAGCCGGAGAUAUACGUUGGAGUUCUCAUGAAAAAACACUUCUUCGUUUGCUUACUUUAUAUCCUUGUGUUCUUGACGUGCUUGAAUAUAUAGAAACUUCAGCAUGGGAUAAAAUUCACAAAGCACAAGCAUAUGGACUUCAGUUAUACGUGAAAAGUUAUAAGUUUGUAUUUUAUUUACAUUUGAUGAAGCAUAUUUUGGGAGUUACUAACUUAUUGUGUGUCGCUCUUCAAAGAAAGAAUCAAGAUAUUAUAAAUGCGGUUGAACUAGUUAGAUCAACGAAAGAAGAAUUACAAAGGUAUCGACUUGAAGGCUUUGACUCACUUUUGAAAGAUGUCACAUGCUUUUGUGACAAGUAUGAUAUUGAGAUGAUUAACAUGGAAGACGAGUAUGUUGACCCGAAAUAUAGAAGAAAAAAGACCAACAUCACCAAUCGUCACCAUUUUGAAGUUAAUAAUUUCAACACGGUUCUCGAUAUGCAAAUUCAAGAGCUUGGAAACCGUUUUAACGAGUUGGCUGAGAUGUAUCCGCGUGAUUUUACUUUUGAUGAAAAAGACGAUCUUACUGAUGAACUCGGCCACUACAUUCGUAAUGUGAAAAAAGAUAGUCGGUUUAACAACUUGAAUGGGAUAAGUGAUCUUGCCAAAAAGAUGGUGGAAACUAGAAAACACAUUGAUUAUCAAUUGGUUUAUCGAUUAAUGAAGUUGUCACUAGUUUUACCGGUUGCAACGACAAGCGUUGAAAGAAGUUUUUCUUCAGUGAAGCAUGUAAAGACGGAAUUACGUAAUAGGAUGGGUGAUGGAUACAUGAACGAUGCUUGCAUUUGCUACGUUGAAAGAGAGUUUUUACAACAAGUUUCUGUCGAGAAUGUAAUGCAACGUUUUCAAAAGAUGAAACCUCGUAGGGAACAACUUUAG